AUGAGAAAAUACCCUGUAAAGCAUGGAAAAGGUGUUAAAAACUCGGUGGAUUUGGUUGAGCAGCUAGAGGGGUUCAAAUUGCGACGAGGUGAAAUUCUGGUAUCGUUCGAUGUCGCCGCUCUAUUUCCGAGCGUACCAGCCACUGAAGCUCUGCAAAGCCUGCGCCGAUACUUGGAACGGUGCCGAGUGCCGCUGAACCACAUCGAGGCUUAUCUCUCUGUUGCUAAGGUCUGUAUGAACCAAAAUUUUUUCAACUUCCGGGGAAAAUACUACAAACAGACCUUCGGCCUGAGCAUGGGUAGUAAGCUCUCACCACUUCUGGCCGAUUUGUUUAUGAGCGAUCUAGAAAAUGAAACCCAGAAACAGAAGCUUUUUCCCCGAGUGUGGUGGCGCUACGUAGACGAUGUUUUCGCCCCGGUGAAGGAACGGUACGUAGACCAGACACUUAGCAUGCUAAAUUCACAACAUGAAACGAUCAAAUUCAUGGUUGAGAAGGAAGUAGACGGGAAAUUGCCUUUCUUGGAUCUGAUGAUUCGCAGAGACGAGGAUAACACUCUGAAAUUUGGGAUUUAUCGCAAACCAACUAGCACAGAUCGGUACAUAACAUCCGAUUCCAACCACUUUGGUACCCAAAAGCAAGCCGCCUUCCAUUCUAUGGCUCACCGGCUUUACAAUGUACCGUUGGACAGCGUAGAAUUCAAGGAGGAACAAAAUCGAAUUUACGCUGCAGCCGAGGUCAAUUGA